AUGGCAGCUUCUCAGGGACGGCUGACCUUCCGGGAUGUGGCCAUAGACUUCACUCAAGAGGAGUGGGAAUGCCUGGACCUCGGUCAGCGGGCCUUGUACACGGACGUGAUGGUAGAGAACUAUAGGAACCUGGGUUUCUUGGGUCACCAGCAUAGAUCCUUGAAGUCAGGGCUCAGGAUUGCAUUCAUCAUGGAGCUGGACCUGCUGUGGUGCUGUGGGGGCAGCUCAGACUCCGGCCUGGCCCUGCCCCCUAGUGUGGGAGCCCAGGAAGUCUACAGCUGCUACAGCUACACCUGCUGUGACUGGGGGAGCCGUCCUUGUCCACUCAGACGUUCUAAAGGACGUCUCCUCACAGCCCAGAGCAGUCUUCUGCCUGGGUCUGCUCUCCAGACCCCCCAUUCCAGCACCCAGCCCUUGUCUGCAGUGGUGGACACCCUCUCAGGCUGGCAGCAGAGAAUUCAGAAUCCACGGAAACAUUACAAGUGUAAUAAAUGUGGGAAAGUCUUCAGUAACUCAUCCAAUAUAAGUAAACACAGGAAAACACGUUCAGGAAGGAAACCUUUCAAGUGUACAGUAUGUGCCAAAGCCUUUAAUCAGAGUUCAAAUCUUAGUCAACAUCAUCAAAUCCAUACUGGCAGGAAACCUUAUAAAUGUAGCAAAUGUGGCAAAGUGUUUAUCUAUUUCUCAAAUCUUAGUCACCAUCAGCAAAUUCACAUUGGCGAGAAACCUUAUAAAUGUGUAAAGUGUGGCAAAGCCUUUAAGCAGAACUCAAGUCUUACUCGACACCAGCAGCAAAUUCAUACUGGAGAGAAACCUUAUAAAUGUAAGGAUUGUGGCAAAGCCUUUAGCCGGCGCUAUGGUCUUACUCAACACCAGCGAAUUCAUACUGGAGAAAGACCUUAUAAAUGUAAAGAAUGUGGGAAAGCCUUCAAUACAAACUUACAUCUUACUCAACACCAGCGAAUUCAUACUGGAGUGAAACCUUAUAAAUGUAAGGAUUGUGGCAAAGCCUUUAGCCAGUGCAGUGGCUUUACUCAACAUCAGUUAAUUCAUACUGGAGAGAAACUUUAUAAAUGUAAAGAAUGUGGAAAAGCCUUUAGUCAAUCCUCAACUCUUACUAAACACCAGAUAAUUCAUACUGGAGAGAAACCUUAUAAAUGUAAAGAAUGUGGAAAAGCCUUUAGUCAAUCCUCAACUCUUACUAAACACCAGCGAAUUCAUACUGGAGUGAAACCUUAUAAAUGCAAGGAUUGGGGCAAAGCCUUUAGCCAGCGCUAUGGCUUUACUCAACAUCAGUUAUUUCAUACAGGAGAGAAACCUUAUAAAUGUAAAGAAUGUGGAAAAACCUUCAUAAACAGUUCUGAACUUACUAGACAUCAGCGAAUUCAUACUGGGGAGAGACCGUAUAAGUGUAUAGAAUGCAGCAAAGGCUUUAAUCAGAAGAUCCAUCUUACUACACAUCUGCGAGUUCAUACUGGAGAGAAACCUUAUAAAUGUACAGAAUGUGGCAAAGGCUUUAAUAAGAAGAACAAUCUUACUGCACAUCUGCGAGUGCAUACUGGAGAGAAACUGUAUAAAUGUACAGAAUGUGGCAAAGCCUUUAAUCAGAAAUCAAUUCUCACUAAACAUCUGCGAGUGCAUACUGGAGAGAAACCAUAUAAAUGUACAGAAUGUGGCAAAGCCUUUAGUCAGAACUCAACUCUUACACAUCAUCAACGAAUUCAUACUGGGGAGAAACCUUAA